GCACGUUGGAGUGUCCACAGGGCACCUACCCGGACAAAGAGGCCAUGCGAUGCUCCUUCUGCAACAGGCACUGCGCGGUGUGUCAGAGCCUGACCGUUUGCGACCUCUGCGAACAGGCCAGCAUCCAUCGGAGCUACAUCCUGGACAAGGGCGAUGGAAGUUGUCGUGAGGUGCGGCGCAGCUUCUUUGCUGAGUACUACUGGUGGUGCCUCUCUGGCGCCACCGCCGGAGCGCUGCUUCUUUGCUUGAUGCUGGCUUCCAUAUGCCAAUGCCUCUGCAACCGCUGCUCGCCUCGAAGGAACCGGCAUUUCAACAAUUCCGACUCGGAUUGGGACUGAGAUGUAGCUGGCUUCCGAAGGUCGGAACUAUGGCGCCAAAGCGGGGAUCAAAGAAAGAUGGUCGCCUCAAGGUAUGCUCAAGGACUGUCGUGUACCCUUUUGGACUCAUC